AACUUAGUCAGCCCCCAUACACACGCCUCUACAUUUGGCAAUCAAAUAUAAUCGUUUUGACCAUGUACAAGCUUUCUUUGAGACUUGGGAACUUGCACGUAACUCGUCGUUAGAGGUCGGAUGGUUAGUGGAACUUCUGGAAUUACAAAACAAGGCUGGUAAAACCCCUGGCGAUCUACUAGGAGAAUCAUCAUGUCUACCUCCUGAAGUUGAAAGAAGUAUUGGAGAUAACAUUGAAAUGAUUGGUAUCUGAAGCAUGUGGGGAAUUCCUGCGAUACACAUGAAAACCUAUGUAAACACAAUGGGUGUAAUAGCAGCUCUUCUGACAACAAUAACGUUCACAACAGCAUUCACUGUUCCUGGUGGACUCAACGAAAUUAGUGGGAUUCCAAUUUUCAUGGAGAAGGCAGCAUUUCAGGUUUUUAUGAUCUCAGACGUGGUGGCAAUGUGCUUAUCAAUGAUGGUUUUAUUUUGCCUCUUGUGGAUCAUGGCUACCAACAGGUUGCGCAAUUCAUUAAUGAUAAUGGAUUUCAGCAUAUUGUUGCUGUUUGCAUCAAUCACUGCAACUCUGGUGACUUUCAUUACGGGUCUUUUUGCAGUAAUGUACCCGCGCAAACCUUGGAUCGCUAUUGUCUCUGCGGUUCUCUGCUUUUUCCCAGUGGUGCUAGUUGUCAAGUAUUUUGUCGUCCAUUUAGUUCUCCCUCUUAGUAAAUUUUAUCUUAUUCUCAAAAGGACGUUUAGGAUGCUUGUUGCAGAAUUACAUACUAAAUUUAGUAAAUGUUACAAGAAAAUCCCAAGCAAGCCCAUAACAACUAGCCAAGCUCACAUUUCUCGUGCCUCCAUUCCUGUCUAGACAAGAUAAUUAC